AUGAAGUCAAAAUUGAAAAUUGAAACAAAAUGCAAACAAGAAAAUGAUGCAGCUGAUGAACCUGUAUCUCCUACAGGACAAUACUUAAACAGCAAAGCCUUAAACUCUUGUAUUCUAGCCAUCCUAGAAUCUGAAGUUCCCAUAGACGAAUCGUGUGCAUUGCCACAACUUCGAGACGUAUUUCUUCCCAUUAAUCCCAGAUUUUCAUCUAUUAUGAUAUAUGACAAGAAGGGUGUUAGACAGUGGAAAAGGGUGGAAGUGAACCUUCAAGAUCACGUUUACGUUCCUAGAUUCCUGGAAGGCUUAUCAAGUGAAUCUUACGACGAUUAUUUUGAUGAAUAUCUGACAAAAAUCAGUGUGGAACCACUGCCACAAGAUAAGCCUUUGUGGGAACUUCACAUAAUCAACUGCCCAACAAGCAAAGCUGCAGGGCACAUAAUCUUCAAGCUUCACCAUGCACUUGGUGACGGCUACUCUCUGAUGGGAGCACUUCUUUCCUGCGUAAAAAGAGCAGAUAAUCCUUCCCUUCCGUUAACGUUUCCUUCAACUCGAGCAAGAUCAGAAGUUAAGAACACUAAUAGCAAGGGUUACAUGACAAAGGUGCCAAGAGCUUUAUCUGCAAUCUUCAAAGGAGCUUCUGAUUUUGGAUACAGUUUUCUGAAAAGCACUUGCAUUGCAGAUGAUCAGACACCUAUCAGAGGCGAAAGCAAAAGAACGAGUUCCAAUCCUCUCAAAGUCUCUACUCUUGCAUUUUCCCUCGAACAAAUCAAACUAAUCAAGACAAAACUAGGCACGGUAUGUUUCUCUCUUUCCAUCUCGGUCUUUUUGUCUUGUAUUAUGUUGAAUAUGAAAACUGAAGCAUUGUAUACUUGUAUGAACUGCUUUCUCCAAUGCCUGUUUUAGCAUUCUUAUAUACAUUGCCAUGAUGUAAUAUAUAUUCAUGUCUGAAUUGAAAUUCUAAUCAGGCAAUUUGAGACUAUAUCUAUGUGAUCACUUUGAACUUUUGAAGUAAAUAUUUUAGAAUCAGAAGCUCUAUGUUGAGAAAAAAAUCUAUAAUCUCAUGCAUCAUUUCCUUAAAAUUCAAUAAACAGAAAUAUACGAUACAAUUUCAUUAUCCAUACUUCCUGAUGUUAGUAAAAUAACAGGGUUUAACACUGCAUUUUUCCCCCCUACAGACAGUAAAUGACACUAUUUCAGGCAUAAUUUUUCUGGGGACUCGACUCUACAUGCAAGAAACUCAAACAAAAUUCUCCAAUUCACGGUCCACAGCAAUGAUGAUGCUCAACACAAGGAUUACACGAGACUACAUGUCUGUUGAAGAAAUGACUAAUGCACAUACAAAAAUAUGGGGAAACAAGUUUUCAUUUUUGCAUAUAGCACUUCCUAGAUCAAUCAACACUGAAUGCUCCAACCCCCUUGAUUUCAUCUAUAAAACACGCAAACAGAUCAGUAGGCACAGAAAUUCACCAGCAGUCUGUCUCACUGCCCAGUUCUUGGAGAUUACAAGAAAGUACAAAGGAUCUGAGGUACACAUUAAGAAAAUACAGUUCAUAAUCCUUCUAAGUUUUUUCCGGUCAUACUUCAUUUACAUCUUCGUUUAAGGCGUGUGUAGAAGUAUUAGUGAAAAAUUCUUGCAGGUUUCCUAAGUGACUACACAGCUUUAGUCACAGAUCAUCUGUCAUAUUGACUACUGAGAAUGGAGUAUUUAACCUCAAUUCAUUUGAAACUUCUUUCAGGCAGUGGCGAAACACAUCCAUAGUACAUUGCGUAAAUCAAGCAUGUCAAUGACAAACAUGAUUGGUCCAGUUGAGCAAGUAACAUUAGCUGGUCAUCCGAUAAAAGGCAUGUACUUCAUGGUUACUGGCAGUCCUCAGGUAAGCAAAGUAAAAUAUUUAGUCAUAUAUACACCCAAAAUUUCUCUUCUUAAACUUCAAGUAUUCAAAUCAGAUAAUUUGACAAUUUGUAACACAACAAAUUUCUAAAAAAAAAAAAAAAAAAAAAAAAAAAAAAAAA